AUGUUCCGGGAUCUGCACGAGCACAUGGAGAAGCAAAACCUGCGUGAGCAUCUUUGGCUCUCCGCCUUCGUCGGCCAGGGCUCUGUGUUCGGCAAUGCUAUCGAGCGCAGCGUGGGCGCUACGCCCUACGGUGACCACUGGGGCAUGUAUUGCGGCAUGGAAGUUGUGCUACAGAACGGCAAGCUUGUUCUUACCAGCAUGGGCAGCGUCCCUAACCCAAAUGCGGACCCGAACAGCAACCUCGACGUCGUGACCAAGAUUGGCAUAUGGCUGAUGCACAAUCCUGGUGGCUACCAGCCACGAGAAAUCAUCUUUGAGCACGACUCGGAUCUGUCCGCGGUCGUCGAUAUCAUCCGUCCCCUGCGCCUGCAGAUAGUACCUUUGCCACAGGUUUCUGAGUGCUGCAUACUGCGGGCCAAAUCCAAAUGGACGGCAAACAAGGGCCAACUACCGGAAGAGGAAGUGAACGCCAUUGCCAAGAAGCUAGACAUGGGACAUUGGCAGCUCGUCAGCGCCGUCUGCAGAGUGUAUGAACUCUCUGGUGAGGAUGCAAACAAGCAGCACGACGUGGCCAAGAACCCAAUCACCAGUCACGGCUUCGUCUACCUCAGGGCAUUCUCCGCCGGCAUACAAGAACUCCACCCCGAACAUUGCAACAUCAAGACUGAUAAAAGGGCACGCAGACCAAGUGCGCACAAGUUGACAAAGGAGACGACGGCGCGCCGCUGGGGCCAGUUUCGCGCACACACGGCGCCCAUAGACCCGGUAGCUGACGCCUUCCGCUGGAACAACAACACGCAGAAUCUCAACGGCAUCCCUGCACCGGGGAAGAACGGUGUGUGA